GGAUGCUGGGUCGCCAGAGCCACCGAGGAGACUGGAAGUCCCGCCAGGCCUCGGAGCCCAGCAAAGAGGAACCCGGGCGGACGGGUCAAACCCAGCGGCCGGCUCCGGGGGUGGGUGGUGGCGCUGUGGGGAGCCGCCUGAGCAGCAUCACCAGCAGCUGGGAACCCUCCCGGUGCGGGAAGGUUGGCGGGAGACAGGCCAGGAAGCGCCCCAGCCCACGACCGCCCGCAGCAGAGCAGGAUUCCCUCCCCGGCGGCCACCGCUGUCAAGGGACGGGCAAGACUUUGUUACCCCCACCGCGCGCCACCGCGGAACGCUGCACAGACACCUCCAGACGCCGCUUCCCCCAGGACGCCCGCCCGCCCGCCCGCCCGCUCUGCCCACCUAUCCCUGGACGCUGCCGGGUGGACGGGUGGGGACGGCCCUGCUUCCCCACGACUCCCCAGACGCGCCCCGAAGCACUUUCGGAGCACAGUGGAGUGGGAAGGGCGGGGCGGCCCCUCGACGGCGCCCAGGCGAGAGCGGCUCACGGGGCUUCCCGGGCCCUGAUCUCGGGGGACGCCUGUCCGCCUCGUCCCCGGGGGAGGACAGUGACCGCCGGUCUGCACGGGAAGGGGACUCGGCGCAUGCCCCGCAGGGCCGGCCCAGGACUGGGAGGCUCGGAAGGCGAUGCCGAGGCGGCGGCGGCGGCGGCGGCGCCUCCUCUUCGCCUGUCCUCGCCAAUGACCGUGCUCAGAUUGCACGGAAUUCCCGCCCCUCGCCCUUGGCGGACGCUCCUGCUGCCCAAUGGACGACACCCUGUCGCGUGCGCGCUGCUGCGGCCCUGCCGGGCGUGGCGUGGCGCGGCGCGGCGCUCUCUGGCUCCUAAGCGUUCCCGGGAAGAGAGCCGGGGCGCUGGCCGCAGAGUCGUCGGUGCACACGCAACAGUGCCGCCUUGUGUUUUGGGUGCGGACCUGCGCUUCUCUAAGCGUUCCAUUCCCGAGAAGGGGCGAGAAACGUCCAGAGGUCGUGGCACCUGCCCGCCGCUGCCGGGCGUCGGCCGUGGGCGCAACUGA